AUAGAUAAGUAGGGAGUAGGCUGCCAUUGAAUUGAAUAUAUUGAGAGAUCAGAGAGAUAUCAGAGAUGAAAGGAACGUUCAUUCAGCUUGUUUUUUUGUUGGUAUUGGCAGUUUUUCUCGCCGUAGGGGUCGCCGCCGGUGACCUGAGGAAGGGUUUCUACGAAGAUAGCUGUCCUCAGGCGGAAGAGAUCAUCCAAAACAUCACCUGGAAACGCGUCGCCGCCAAUGCCACUUUGCCUGCUAAGUUGCUCAGGAUGCAUUUCCAUGACUGCUUUGUUAGGGGUUGUGAUGCCUCCGUCUUGAUUGACUCGACGGCGAACAACACGGCGGAGAAGGCCGCACCGCCGAAUCUAUCGCUUGGCGGUUUCGAAAUAAUUGACGAGAUAAAGACCCAACUGGAGAAGACCUGCGCCGGAGUAGUGUCGUGCGCAGACAUUCUGGCGUUAUCUGCAAGAGACUCAGUUUCAUUUCAGUUCAAGAAACCGAUGUGGGAAGUGCUGACCGGAAGACGGGACGGGAAGAUUUCGCAGGCCUCGGAGGCACUGGCCAACAUCCCGUCGCCGUUCUCCAACUUCACCGUUCUCCGGCAAUCUUUCGCCAACAAAAGCCUCACCGUUCACGAUUUGGUCGCCUUGUCCGGGGCCCACACCAUCGGAGUUGGCCACUGCAACUUUUUCAGCAACCGGCUGUACAAUUUCACCGGGAAAUCGGACUCCGACAAGUCGUUGGACCCCGACUACGCCGCCGUCUUGAAGGCCAAAUGCAAGUCCCUUUCCGACAACACCACCACCGUGGAAAUGGAUCCCGGCGGCUCGCUCAACUUUGACAACCGCUAUUUCUCCGCCGUCAAGCAGCACAAGGGCCUUUUCCAAUCCGACGCCGCGCUCCUGACCGACAAGGGCGCCGGAAAGAUCGUCGACGAGAUGCUGGUCGCCGGAAAAUUCUUCACGGAGUUCGCUCAGUCCAUGAAGAGGAUGGGAGCCAUCGGAGUCUUGACUGGCAGUGCUGGGGAAAUAAGGAAAAAAUGUAACGUCGUCAAUUCUUAAGGGACGACAUAUUUGUCGCCUUGUCGGAUAAAAAAUGUUUAAUUUUGUUUUUUUG